CUUUACCUUUCCUACUAGUCAUGCGUUCGUCGUGGUCAGGCAUACUAUGCAAAUGAGUAGCUCAUGACCAUUCAAAUGUAAAAAAAUAGUUGACAUAAUUCAAUUACCCACACAAAAGGUCACGAAGCUGAUUGUUCAUCCUUCGCACUUCUUUCGUCAUCAUGGGACUGAAACAGGAGCAUUUUGACGAAAUAAUUCCCGGCGAAUUUAUUUGUACCCAUUGCCACGAUGUAUUUCUAGAGCCAGUUUGCUUAGCUUGUCAACAUGUGCUAUGUAAAAAGUGUUUCAAGAAGAGGAUGAAACGCAAAACACCUACGUGUCCUGUUUGCAAGAAAGCCCUGUAUUUGGGCGACCAAAAUACUGAUGGGGAAUGGAGAGAGCAGUACGAAAGCCUGCAAGUUAACUGUCCGAAGGGAUGCGAGAAAGUGUUGUCGCUAGGAAAACUAAGUGAUCAUUACGGUAAUCACUGCCCACUGACUUUCACUGUUUGCGUGAACAUCGGUUGUAAUCGGAAGGUACGGCGAAGAGACCUUCCAUUACACCUCCAAAGUUGUGACUUCAGAGUCGUACAGUGCGAGGGAUGUGGGUUCUCAACAAAAUAUGUUGAUUUACGAAUGCACCAAAUCGUUCAGAAGUGUCUCCUAAGGACUCGUUUGCACAUGAUUGUGCAGAACCGCCGUGAAAUGACCGCGCGAGUGAAACAGCAUCGUCUGAAACUGCGGGAGGAAAGUUUUCAAGUCGAGCUCGAGGAAAGAGAUUUGGAUCGCGCAAAGAUGUGGAGUGCUAUUGCCAGGAACGAAAUUUCAAGAACAAGCAGUGCGAAUCAUCUUUCAUACGGAGGGAGACAGUCUCCAGAAGUUACUCGUUACAAAGGAGCUUUAUCGAGAGUGGUUUAUAGCGCUCCAUCAUCUCCGGUGAUGUCCUCUGCAGUGACGUCUAAAACUCUUGCUAGUGACACCAAACUAUGUACUUAUUGCAAUAAGCUUUUCAGCGAACACCGUAAUCAUGAGGAAGCUUGCAGGUGGCACAAAGGGGUAAGUGACUUUUCUCUUUUUUUAUGAUAAGUUCAUCACUUUGUUCCCAUGCAGCUAGCAAACUUAGUAUAGGUAGGGAGGGGAGGGUGCAGCAGACAGGAGGGUUUUUAAUUAAAGAGUGGAGAGUUUAGAGAGCCCUCGUAAGUGCACAUUGGAACAUAACAAAACUUGGGACAGUGUCUCAUCGUCUUAAACAGUAGAAUAUACUCCAUGCUGUCACAUGGUAACAUGUUUGUUUCAUCAGAUGACAACAAGUAGUUGAAAACGGUGUGUAAUUUGCAGCCUCAUUUUUUUAACUUCGGACAAAAGCCUCCACUCUGGGUGAAAAUAUGCACAGAUGUUUUUCCACUGACAUUGUCUGUUCUGAGAUGUUAACACUUUUGCAAGGGCAAAGCAUGAUACUA